AUGGCACAACCAGCCCCUACACUUGAGCUCGGAUCUGAGGCUCGAGGCUUUCGCAAAUAUGUGCCUCAUCCAGGUCAUCCUCGUGUCGCUGGACUUGAUCAGCCAGAUGUCGAGACCUAUUCAAAUAAGAUAGCAAGCUGCCCAGAAGUAGUAGGCGUCUUUGAUCAAUGGAAAGCGCAGCUCAACGAGCCAUUUUACGGCAUCACGACUGAUGGACAACGUAAGGAGGGGCUUUUCGGGAUAGAUGAUGAAGGCGCCCCUGUUGAAAAAAUGGUCGCUGCGGCCAAGAAAAUUCAGACUGUUCUUUCGGAGGAAGAGCUACGUUUGGUGAGCCACGAGAUUGAUUCGAAUGACUGGAGAAAAUGGUCUAAUCCAGAAGUGGUGAUUUUCAAAUAUGGCGUCCGACUUCACACGCUCUGUCCACAAAAGAUUCAUGCAAUCCUAAAACUAGUAGAGGCUAGUUUGAGCGAAGCCGGAUAUGGCAAGGUCGUUGCCGCAAUGGAAGUAAAUCAUUUCCUCGGAGAACUGGUCAAUGGAGCUCUUAUUCUGAAUCGACACAGCUAUCAAUUCGCCUUGUACGGAGUACCUUCAACCACUGAGCCUUGGGGAUUUUCCCUAACUGGCCACCAUAUGUGUUUGAAUAUCUUCAUUAUGGGGAAACAGAUGACGAUCAGUCCAGUCUUUAUCGGUGCUGAGCCAAAUGAAAUCGAUGCGGGCCCGCAGACUGGUUUGACCGUCUGCGUCGACGAAGGAACUUACGCAUUACAACUGAUGCAGACCCUACCUGACCAGCUAAAGCAAAAGGCCCAAAUCUACAGUGAGCUGUAUUCGGAGAAGAUGCCUCCGGGCCGAUGGAACCCAUAUGAUCAGAGGCAUCUCGGCGGGGCAUUCCAAGACAACCGUAUCAUCCCUUACGAAGGCAUCAAAGCGAUUGACAUGCCCGCUGCACAGCAAAAAAUCCUGCUCAAGGUCAUCGCUUCGUUUCUGGUCCUCCUCCCUCCUGGGCCCUUUGACGCUCGCAUGCUUCAAGUCAAGAAGGCUCUGAAUGAGACCUACUUCUCCUGGAUUGGAGAUUUUGGUGAUGAGGACCCAUUUUACUAUCGUAUUCAGAGUCCAGUCAUUAUGCUGGAAUUCGACCACCAUUCGGGGGUUUUCCUGCUCAAUACCGCACCAGCUAAGCAUCACGUUCAUACCAUCAUAAGGACGCCGAACGGGAAUGAUUAUGGAAGGGAGUUGUUGAAGCAGUUUCGUGGGAACAUGUCGGUUUAA